GUUGAGUACUCGGGAAAGAAAUAGAAGAAUCAUCAUCCUUACCAGUAGCCACACCGAUCCAAUUUGUUAUCAUCUUCUUCCAUCCAAUCGCGCCACAGAAUCAAACCUAAGUGGAACAAGAGAAAAUCCCCCAAAACCCUCAAUACUCUCCAUACCCAUGGAGAUCGCUUCCACUACCCUUUCAGUUUCAAGGCCGCCAUCCCUUUCUUUCCCCAUUUCUUCUUCCAGCUCCGCCUUCUUCAACACCGCCGGAGUCGCCCUCUCCAGCAAGCCCAAGAAAUGCGUCUCUCUGGUCAUGCGCAGGGUUAGAACCCACAGACCCAAAAAGGCUAUGAUUUGCAAUGCUCUGUUCGGUUUGGGCGUUCCCGAACUCGUCGUGAUUGCUGGUGUGGCAGCUCUGGUUUUCGGUCCCAAGAAGCUCCCCGAAGUUGGCAAGAGUAUUGGUAAAACUGUCAAGAGCUUCCAACAGGCUGCAAAAGAGUUUGAGACUGAGCUCAAAAAGGAACCUGAAGAGACCAUGACAGCAACACCCGCAACAAUUAAUGAAGAGAAGAAGCCGCAGCAACAAGAUCUUGAAGUAUCAAGCUCAAAGGAUAGCGUAUGAGCAUCGUAUAAGCAUAUGUAGUUGCUAUGUUUUUCCAGGAAGAUCCUAUUCUUGUAGUAAUGUGUUUUAAACGUAGCCCUGUUCUCGAGUUGUAGAAUGAAUGCACGGCUGUCCGUUCAUCCAAGAACUUUGGGACAAGAUCAUUUAUCUUGAAGUGGGACCUUGGGAUUUAUUUGCGUUAAUAUCACCUUCGGUUGCCUGAUUUACCAUCACUGUGGUAUUUAGAUUAAGCCAUUUGCCGAAGAUGUCCACGAGCUGUUCUUGCCCAAAAUCAUGGGGAGGACAUGUUCUAAGAAGCUCUAGGAAUUGCUCUCAAGCAUCAUACACAGAUUUAGAGGUACACUGCCUGAAGGGAGCAAUUUGGUUUCUCA